AUGAAGAAUUUGGCCAAGUUUAUGGUAGAAUCCAAGGAACGAGCACCUGCUCCAGUAGUUGUUACAACACCAGUUUGCUCAUUGUGCUAUGGUCCUCAUGCCUUUGAAGGAUUUCCCAGCAACCCAACAUUUAUCCUUUAUGUGAAGCCAAACAAUGCUGAAGCUCAACCUCCAAAUGACCAGUGGAUGAAUAGGAUGCUACAAAAUCAUGAAGCUAUGCUUCAAAGUCAUGGAGCUAUCUUGAAGAGCCUUGAGACACAAAUAGGGCAGAUUGCCUCUACCCUUAGUAGCAGACCUUUGGGGAUACAACCAAGUGACACAGAAAUAUCUAAAAGGGAUGGAAAAGAAGUAUGCAAAGCCCUCCACUUGAGGAAUGAGAGAGAAGUGGAUCAGCCUAAACCUAUUAUAAGGUUAUCCACCUUGAGGAGAUUAAUGGAUAAGGAUGAGCAGCAAGGUGAUAACACUGUUACAGCCCAACCAUCAACAAUUCAACCCAUACCUCAAGAAGAAGACAAAGGAGAGGAAAGCACUGCUGAACGAGUAAGGGUAGCAUUGAAAUCAAGGGCACCAGACAAGCUUAUGCAGAACAUUGAGGCUCAUCAACCAAUAAUAACAAAGGCAAAACAAAUCCUUUUUCCUCUAAGAGAUAGGAAUAUUGGAGGAGCCUUAUGUGAUCUUGGCUCUAGCAUCAAAAAGAUGUGUACCUCUAUUUUUAAACAACUUGGAGUGGAAGCUUCUCCUAUCACAGUAACUCCUCAAAUAGCUUAUAGGUCACUUGCACACCAUGAUGGAAAAAUAAAGAACAAAUUAGUGAAAGUUUAUAGGUUUAUUUUUCCAGCAGAUUUCAUAAUAGUUGAUUUUGAAGCUGACAAGGAUGUGCCUAUUAUAUUGGAUAGGCCAUUCUUAGUUAAAAAGGAUGCUAUAAUUGAUUUUAAAAUAGGAGAAUUAACCAUGGGAGUUAAUGAGGAAAAUAUGGCUUUUAAUGUUUUAAAAACAAUAAAUUUCAUUGAUGAAGACGUUAAUGACUACUCUGCUAUUUCUUUUUAUGAUCAUUUGGUUGCCAUGUGCUUUUAA